AUGGCUGCGGCAGGUGGCGACAAGUUACCCGUGGAGGUGUGCAAAGGCUUCAGCGGCCUCGACAGGGUAGUGCUCCGAGAAGCUCGUGGGAGUUCUGCCGAGGUGUACUUGUAUGGCGGUCAUGUAACUUCAUGGAAAAAUGACCAUGGGGAGGAGUUGCUCUUCGUAAGCAGUAAGGCCGCAUUCAAACCUCCAAAGCCUAUUCGUGGUGGCAUUCCUAUAUGCUUUCCUCAAUUUGCAAGCCAUGGUGGUCUUGAGUCGCAUGGUUUUGCUAGGAACAGGUUCUGGAGCAUCGAGUCUGAUCCACCUCCAUUUCCAACAAAUUCUGCCAGUAUGGCUCAUGUUGAUCUGAUUCUCAAGCCAACUGAAGAGGAUCUGAAGAUUUGGCCUCACAGCUUUGAGUUCCGUUUGAGGGUAGCUUUGGGCCCUGGUGGAGAUCUGUUAUUGACAUCUCGUGUCAGGAAUACCAGCACAGAUGGGAAGCCUUUCUCAUUCACUUUCGCGUAUCAUACUUACUUUGCUGUAUCAGAUAUAAGUGAAGUUCGGGUGGAAGGUCUGGAGACACAUGAUUAUCUUGACAACCUACAGAGCAAGGAGCGUUUUACAGAACAGGGAGAUGCUAUAACUUUUGAAUCUGAAAUUGACAAGAUCUACCUCAGCACCCCUACCAAGAUUGCGAUUCUGGAUCAUGAAAAGAAGAGGACAUUUGUGGUGCGCAAAGAUGGGCUCCCAGAUGCUGUUGUGUGGAAUCCAUGGGACAAAAGGGCAAAGGCGAUUGCGGAUCUUGGGGAUGAGGAGUACAAGCACAUGCUGUGCGUAGAAGCUGCAGCUGUGGAGAAGCCCAUCACACUAAAGCCAGGGGAGGAGUGGAAAGGGAGACUGGAACUAUCUGCAGUUCCUUCCAGUUACUGUAGUGGGCAACUUGAUCCGCAGAAGGUUCUCCAGAGCAGCUGA